GGAGGCUCCGGGCUGGUGAGGUCUCCCUUAGUCCAACGGAGGAUGCCGGUUCGGCUCCCGGGGGUCAUGGGAGACUGAGUGGAGACCGGGGACGUUGCGAGUUGAAGCCUAGACCACGGGAAGCUGAGCCGCCACCUAAAGUGGACUCCGAGGCCGCUGGAGCGGGGCGCCGCGAGGGAACCAUCGGCCAAGCGAGUGAGCGUGCACUCCGAAGGUUUCCGCAGGCCUGGUGUCCAAGCUUCCCCCGAGUGUGGACUGGGGGAUUAGGGAUUUGGUGCGAUGAGGAGUCGGAGUAACUCAGGGGUCCGCCUGGACGGCUAUGCUCGGCUGGUGCAUCAGACCAUCCUGUGCCAUCAGAAUCCAGUGACAGGAUUGCUUCCAGCCAGUUAUGAUCAGAAAGAUGCCUGGGUCCGAGAUAAUGUGUACAGCAUCCUGGCUGUGUGGGGUUUGGGCCUGGCAUAUCGGAAAAACGCAGACCGUGAUGAGGACAAGGCGAAGGCCUAUGAGCUGGAGCAGAGUGUAGUGAAGUUAAUGAGGGGACUGCUGCACUGCAUGAUCAGACAGGUGGAUAAAGUAGAGUCCUUCAAGUAUAGUCAGAGUACUAAGGAUAGCCUCCAUGCCAAGUACAACACCAAAACUUGUGCCACAGUAGUGGGUGAUGACCAGUGGGGACACCUGCAGUUGGAUGCUACUUCUGUGUACCUGCUCUUUCUAGCACAAAUGACUGCCUCAGGAUUGCAUAUUAUCCACAGCCUAGAUGAAGUCAAUUUUAUACAGAACCUUGUGUUUUACAUUGAAGCUGCAUAUAAAACCGCUGACUUUGGGAUAUGGGAACGUGGAGACAAGACCAACCAAGGCAUCUCAGAAUUGAAUGCGAGUUCAGUUGGAAUGGCCAAGGCAGCCCUGGAAGCACUAGAUGAAUUAGACUUGUUUGGUGUGAAAGGUGGGCCACAAUCAGUUAUCCAUGUCCUGGCUGAUGAAGUACAACACUGCCAGUCAAUCCUAAAUUCACUGCUGCCCCGGGCUUCAACAUCCAAAGAAGUUGAUGCCAGUCUGCUGUCAGUGAUCUCUUUCCCAGCCUUUGCUGUAGAGGACAGCCAUUUGGUAGAGCUCACCAAACAGGAGAUCAUCACCAAGCUUCAGGGUCGUUAUGGUUGCUGUCGUUUUCUACGAGAUGGAUAUAAAACUCCUAAAGAGGAUCCAAAUCGUCUGUACUAUGAACCAGCUGAGCUGAAGUUAUUUGAAAACAUUGAGUGCGAAUGGCCAUUGUUCUGGACAUACUUUAUCCUUGAUGGGGUCUUCAGUGGGAACGCAGAACAGGUCCAAGAAUAUAGAGAGGCUCUUGAUGCAGUUCUCAUCAAGGGCAAAAAUGGAGUCCCACUUCUUCCAGAGCUGUACAGUGUUCCCCCUGACAAGGUUGAUGAAGAAUAUCAAAAUCCUCACAGUGUGGAUCGAGUCCCCAUGGGAAAAUUGCCUCACAUGUGGGGUCAGUCUCUAUACAUUUUAGGAAGCUUGAUGGCAGAGGGAUUUUUAGCUCCUGGAGAAAUUGAUCCCCUGAAUCGUAGGUUUUCUACUGUGCCAAAGCCAGAUGUGGUGGUUCAAGUGUCCAUUCUAGCUGAAACAGAAGAAAUCAAGGCCAUUUUGAAGGACAAAGGAAUUGAUGUGGAGACCAUUGCCGAGGUGUACCCUAUCAGAGUACAGCCAGCUCGUAUUCUUAGCCACAUUUAUUCCAGUCUAGGAUGCAACAGUAGAAUGAAACUCAGUGGACGACCCUACAGGUUCAUGGGUGUGCUUGGAACAUCAAAACUCUAUGACAUUCGCAAAACAGUCUUCACUUUCACUCCACAGUUUAUAGAUCAGCAACAGUUCUACCUGGCUCUGGACAACCAGAUGAUAGUAGAAAUGCUUAGAACAGAUCUGUCCUACCUCUGUAGCCGCUGGAGGAUGACAGGCCAGCCUACCAUCACUUUCCCCAUCUCACACACCAUGCUUGAGGAAGAUGGAACCAGCUUGAAUUCAAGUAUCCUGGCAGCACUCCGAAAAAUGCAGGAUGGCUAUUUUGGUGGGGCAAGGAUCCAGACAGGUAAAUUGUCAGAGUUUUUGACAACAUCUUGCUGCACACACUUAAGCUUCAUGGACCCUGGACCUGAGGGUAAGCUGUACAAUGAAGAUUAUGAUGAAGACUAUGAUGAGCUGGAAUCUGGCAACUGGAUGAUGGAUAGCUAUGAUUCAACAAGUAAUGCUCGCUGUGGUGAUGAAGUUGCUCGUUACUUAGACCACCUUUUGGCACACACUGUUCCCCAUCCUAAACUAGCUCCUACCUCACAGAAGGGAGGGCUAGAUCGGUUCCGAGCUGCUGUGCAAACAACUUGCGACUUAAUGUCCUUGGUGACCAAGGCCAAGGAGCUGCAUGUACAGAAUGUUCACAUGUACCUUCCUACAAAGUUAUUUCAGCCUUCCCGCCCUUCAUUCAAUUUACUUGACUCACCUCAGUCUCCACAAGAAAACCAGGUUCCUUCUGUUCGUGUAGAGGUACAUCUUCCUAGAGACAAAUCUGGGGAAGUGGACUUCCAGUCGCUGGUUUCACAGUUGAAGGAGACUUCAAGCUUACAAGAGCAAGCUGAUAUACUCUACAUGCUGUACUCAAUGAAAGGACCUGACUGGGACACUGAAUUGUAUGAAGAAAGAGGUGCUACUGUCAGGGAGCUUCUUAGCGAACUAUAUGGCAAAGUUGGUGAAAUUCGGCACUGGGGUCUGAUCCGAUACAUCUCUGGGAUCUUAAGGAAGAAGGUGGAAGCACUUGAUGAGGCCUGCACAGACCUUCUCUCAUACCAGAAACACCUGACGGUAGGACUUCCUCCAGAACCUCGCGAGAAGACCAUCUCUGCACCUCUACCAUAUGAGGCACUCACUAAGCUAAUAGACGAAGCCAGUGAAGGAGACAUGAGCAUCUCAAUCCUUACACAGGAAAUAAUGGUAUAUCUUGCCAUGUACAUGAGAACUCAGCCUGGCCUCUUUGCUGAAAUGUUCCGACUUCGAAUUGGUCUGAUCAUCCAAGUUAUGGCAACAGAACUGGCUCACUCUCUUCGAUGCUCAGCUGAAGAAGCCACAGAGGGCCUGAUGAAUCUGAGUCCUUCUGCCAUGAAGAACCUCCUGCACCACAUCCUCAGUGGCAAAGAGUUUGGAGUGGAACGAAGUGUUCGUCCCAUUGAUUCAAAUGUGAGUCCUGCUAUUUCCAUCCAUGAGAUCGGUGCUGUUGGAGCAACAAAAACAGAACGAACUGGAAUCAUGCAGCUAAAAAGUGAGAUAAAGCAGACCAGUGGUGGUCAUCCCUCUGGUGGAGAUUUGAUGUCACCAUCCUUUCUGUCACCUGCAGCCUGUAUUGCUGCAAGUAGUGGAUCCUUUCCUACUGUGGAUGGUCAACAGACAUCUAAAGAUAGUCGUCAAGGUCAAUGGCAACGGCGGAGAAGACUAGAUGGAGCACUAAAUAGAGUACCAAUCGGAUUUUAUCAAAAAGUGUGGAAAAUUUUGCAAAAAUGUCAUGGGCUUUCUGUGGAAGGUUUUGUUCUUCCUUCUUCAACCACAAGGGAGAUGACCCCAGGCGAGAUUAAAUUCUCUGUCCAUGUGGAGUCUGUCCUGAAUCGUGUACCUCAACCAGAGUACCGCCAGCUUCUGGUUGAAGCCAUCCUUGUCCUUACCAUGCUGGCAGAUAUUGAAAUUCAUAGCAUCGGAAGCAUCAUUGCUGUGGAAAAAAUAGUACACAUUGCCAAUGACUUGUUCCUUCAAGAACAGAAAACCCUUGGCGCAGAUGACGUCAUGUUGGCAAAGGAUCCUGCAUCUGGCAUCUGUACUCUUCUGUAUGACAGCGCACCCAGUGGCAGAUUUGGCACAAUGACCUACCUCUCCAAGGCAGCUGCUACCUACGUGCAGGAGUUUCUGCCACACAGCCUCUGUGCCAUGCAGUGAGGGCUGUGGGUUCUGGCUGCUGGAAUCCUUUCAGCAUCUGGUCCCUGUGUUGGUUGAUUGUGCAUGGAACUGAAAUGUUAACACCUGACCACUCCCCGUCCCUCCCAAGAAGAGAGAACUUUGCUGAUAAUCUCACUACUUUUGAAGAAAAGAACCCUCACUUGGAGACUCACUCCAGUGUAAAGGUUCAACUGGGUCUACAAUCACUAUCCCUGCUUCUUUUAUGGUUCAGAAAUGUCUGCAUGUGUUUUUACUCUGUAGAACUGUUACCAGCUUAGUUUUCUAACUCCUUUUGAGGAACAGGUAUUAAUAAGUUAUUCUGAAGCCCUUAUUCUUAUUUCUGGGCUUCCUUUCUUUUGGUGUAUAUGAGUGGUGGGUCUUAAUUGGGUCAUUAUUUCAAGAGAGUAGAUGCUAAAUUGUUGGAUUUUAUACUGCUGUAAUUUUGAAAUGUCUAUUUUAAGUGCCUUAAGAAACGCCAACACCAGAUCAUGGCUUCCUUCUUCACUCGAAGGCUGAUUCAUUUUGAGUGGUGAAAUAGUUUCUUUGUCGAAUAUUGCCUUUUGAUGUUGACCUUUCUAUAUCUGCCCAUGUUGCCUGCUCUGUGGUGAAAUAUUAAAAAGUGUAAGCUCACAUGUAAGUUUAAGGAUUUCUAUGUUAAUACUUGGAAGUCACAUUUUAUGAGGACUGAUGCUACCAGGCACAUAUUUGAGGACACAUGGAAUAACCCAGAAAAAAUGGAGCCAGGAGCCCAAUUCCAGAGAGGAAGGGAAAGGGGAGGUUAUGCAGGUGGUGCUUUACACACAGGGAGUCAAGAGACCACCAGAGGCAGGUAGGUUAAUGUAGGGAUAAGUCCCGCCCCUUAGGCGUAUUCGCCUCGGGCUAAUGUUUACCUAUAAAUCUGGCAAGCGUGCUUGCUGCAUUUCUUCUGCUUUCCUGGUCUCCCCAGGAACGGUGGUUCUGUAAAUCUAUUUCUCCAUUAAAGCUAUAUAUUUACAA